AGUGCUCACUCGGGUGGGCGGAUCGUAGCGGUGACAGAGACGCUCGCAGACUCCCGACAAACUGUCAAAAAGCGGACAACUAACGCCAUGGCGGAGUUAGACCUGAGUCUGAGCGACGCGCUGACGGACAGCGUUCCCCAGCAGGGACCGGAGAGCCUGGUGGAGAAGGACUUUGUGGCUCAGUUGGAGGCGGAGGCUUUCGACGAUCAGGUCGGGGAGACGGUUGGAAAGACAGACUACGUGCCCCUGCUGGACAACGACGACCCCAGGGCAGACGGGGGUGCUACGUUGGAGAAUGGAGAGCAGGAAGCUCAUGGGGUGCAAAAGCCUGGUUGUAAGCUGACCGCGGGGGGACAGACAUCCGUGUUGCGCCCAGAGCCGCAGGGAGAGGUGUGGCCACACUCUUUUGACCAGCAGCAGGCCUCGGCUACAGACUUCUUAUCAGGCUCCAUGGCAGGUUAUUCAGACCCUCUGGGCUCCCAGACCAGCCCUGCCCACAUGAUGGAUACUGGCCGGAUGGAAGCUUUUUCAGGUUUCUCCCAGCCUGGUGGGAUGGGGCUCAACGUGGAGGUGGGGGCUGCACCCCUCUCGGCAGAGAGGAUGUCAAGUAUAGCAGAACCCCAGCAUCCCACACCCCCGGCGGGCUCAGAGGCCCCUAAGGAGCACAGCCCCAUGCUGCCUGAACCCCAGCCACCUCGCAGCCCUCUGGAUGUGUCAGCAGGUGCCGUAGGUGACUGCUGGCCAGACGGGGCUGGCAUCCUAUCGGCAGACCUCCCUUUCACCCCCAGUGUUGCCAAUGUGAUCACUCGCCAUUGCGGCCAUCUCGCAGUCAGCCCUGAUGACUCACCUGACAGUUGGCCUGUCCGAGAGAGCGCUGCGUAUGCUGGAGGCGACGAAAGGGAGGGAGAUGGUUCAGACCGAAAACAAAAGAAAAAGAAGAAAAGGCGACAGAAAGAUGAGGGAUCUUACGAACACCCCGAGAGCAGGGGUCACCCUGAGAUGCAGACACAAGGAGAAAACACAGAGGAGUUCUACCACAGGAUUGGCCCAAGGCGGGAUAGAGGAGAAGGUGGCUGGGAGGAGCAGCUUGGAAAGAGUGGAGGCCGUGGGAAGAAGGGUAAGAGCAGGAAGAAGAUUCCAGAGGAGUGGGGAGUGGGAGCAGAACCGUUUGUCCCUUCAGCCGCGGUGACCUCUCAAAUCACUGAGGAGAAGUUGUUGGAUCUGGGGAGUUCUACUCAGGCAAACCUGGAGGCCUCGUUCGUAGACAUGGACACCAGCCAGAGCCCCUGGAAACAGGAGGUCUUCCCAGAAGAAGGCCUGGUCCCGUCCCCCCUGUCUGAGGACCUGUUCUCCCCAGCAGCUGCUCCCAUGAUCCCACUGGUCCUGAACAGCGAGCUGAAAGCCACAGCACCUCCAUUCACUAUGCCCUCCACCACCAACAGUGCGACACUUGGCUCCUUCCCCAUGGCUCCUCGCCCCGAUGAUCCAUUCGACCUCCUGAUGGAUACUGAAAAUGCAAGCUUAGGCAACAGCAGCCAGGCCUUUUCACCUGGUGGUGACUUGGUUGACAGCGGGAUGUUUGACAACACCAGUUCCCUCCUAGAGUCUCAUGUGCAAGUCAUGCCAGAGGGAGACACCUCUGCUUUCAGCCCUGCCUCCCAGCCGAGCCCAGGCCUUUCCCAAAAAGGCGAGGUGUUAGCCACGGCCCCACCUCUUUCACCUUCAGAUGCUUCAUGGCUCCUAAAUGACUCCAACGUGACCGGCAACAGCGAGCUCUUUGACUUCAGUGACAUGAGCGCCCCAGGUCAUCCUGUAACCUUAGGGCUGUCCUUCGAUACUCCAAGCCCAGCUCCUCUCCGCUCCCCCAAAACCACAGCACAGGAAUUCCAACCCAAAGAGCACAAAGAUGCCAAAUCAGCCCAGAAGCAAUCCAAGAAGUCUCGCUCUUCAUCCUCCUCCUCCUCUGUCAAGAGUCCCACCUCUCCAGGAGCAAAGAAUUUCCCUCUCCAAGCAUCCCCACUCAUCAGCCCCUCUUCCCCUCCAUCGGCCACCCCAGGAUCUGGUCUUAACCCUACAGCUAAGCCCUUCUUUCCCAGCUUUGCUGAUCCCAUGGAUGAACCUGCCAUGGUCCCUCCAGUUGCCCCCGUCAUCGAAGUAAAAUCCGACAAGACCGAGAAGGCCGAGAAGAAGGAGGAGAAGCAGGAGGACAACGUAAAGAACGUGGACCUGUUUGACCCUCUGGAUAAACCUGAGCAGAAGAGCGUGACGGUGGAAUACGCAAUCAGUGAGACUCCAGCCAAGGUGGAGAAAGAGAUAGAGAAGGAGAAGGAGAAGCAGACAGAGAUAGAGAAGGAGAAGGAGAAGCAGACAGAGACAGAAAAAGAGAAGGAGAAGGAGAAGGAGGCAGAGACAGAAAAAGAGAAGGAGAAGGAGAAGGAGGCAGAGACAGAAAAAGAGAAGAAGCAGACAGAGACACAAACAGAGAAGGAGAAGGAGGCAGAAAAGGUGAAAGAGAAGGAGAACGAGAAAGAGAUGAAAGAUGCGGAAAAAGUUAAAGAGGAGAAAGUGACGGAGAAAGUAAAGGUGACGGAGGCACAGGUAGAGAAGGUGGAAGAAAAAAAGGAGACAGAAAAGGAGAAGGAGAAAGUGGAGUCAGUGCAGCAGAAAGCAGAGAAGGAGGAUAAAAUGAUCAAGGUAGAAGAAUCACCUGAUAAAUCGGUGAAGACAGAUAAAAUAGACAAGACGGAGAAAGUAGAAAAAGUGGAGAUGAAAGAAGAGGUCACCAGCAAAGCGGAGAAAACAGAGAAUGUGGAAAAAGUGGACAAAAAUGAGAAGCCCAAAGUGGAAGAAAUAAUUGACAACAAAAACACUGAGAAGCUCGAGAAAACAGAGAUGAAGGAUGACAAAGAGCAGCAUGUGGACAAAGUUGAAAAGACCCCAGAGCCCCAGCUGACACCCGUCAAGCUCGAUACCAGUUCUGACAAGCUGGAGCAGAAGGCCGACGUGGAGGCAAAGACGACACCAGAGGUGGAAGACACCAAGAUAGAGACGGCCGACACAGACAAAGACAAGGACAAGAAGGCGGAGAAAGACGACGAGGUGGAGAAAGCGCCUGAGAAGCCGGCAGAGAAACCAACGCAGAAGAGCGAUAAAGAAGAGAAGCAGGACAAAGUGCAGGCCAACAAAAAGACUGUGGAGAAAAAGGACGACAAGAAGGCGAAAGCAGACGGAGGAGAGAAGGCCAAGAAGGCAAAACCUGCAACUAAUGGAAGCAGCACCCCUCUGAGCAGAGACAUGGCAAGUGCAGAGAAGAAGACCAAGCCUGCUGCCGGGGCGACCAAACCGAGCGCUGCUGCUAAAACGCGGCCGACUGCCGCAGCUGCAGGUGGUUCGGUCACAGCACCUACUAAGCGCCUCACAUCCUCCACCACCACCACCCUCUCAGACAAAAAAACAGCCACAACCAAGACACCAUCAUCAGCCGCCGCUGGUCCGAAGCGGCCAGCCACCACUUCCACCAGCCGCCCCACAUCCUCCUCCACCACCACCACUGCACGGGAUGUCAGGCCCAAGACAACUAUAGAGAAGCGCCCCCUUGUGCCAAAGGCCAGCACCGCCACCUCAACAGGCUCCACUGCUGCCACCAAAAAUGGAACUGCUACCACAGCAGCCAGUAAAGCUGCUACAUCAGUGCGCACGACGGCGUCUACCCGCACCGCUGCUACCACUGCAGCCAGGAGGCCUCUGGCCUCGAAGACAGACAGCAAACCAGGAGAGGAGAAGAAGCCCGGCACUCUGAGGACUUCCACAGCCGACUCCACCAAGCCCAAGACCACCGCCACCCGCAGCACCGCUUCCACCACUGCUGCGUCACGCACUCGAACCACGGCAGUCAAACUGGCCACGCCCUCCUCCACCACUGGCACAGCACCAGAGAAGAAGCCCAUGGUGCCCCGCACCUCCCGGGCCACUUCCUCAACCACCAACACCACCACCACUGCCACCUCUAGGACCACCGCUCGCCCCAACACAGCACCGGCCCCCGACAUCCGCAACGUCCGCUCUAAGAUCGGCUCUACGGACAACAUGAAGCACCAACCCGGAGGAGGGAAGGUGUCAUCUGCCUCUCAGAGCAGGGGCGUGGCCUCCAAAGACACAAGCCAGGGCAAAGUUCAGAUAGUCUCCAAAAAGCUGGACUUCAGCCACGUCUCCUCACGCUUGGGUUCCAAGGACAAUAUGAAGCAUGUUCCUGGUGGAGGGAAUGUGCAGAUACUCAACAAGAAGGUGGACGUGAGUAAGGUGACAUCAAAGUGCGGCUCCAAGGACAACAUCAAGCACAAGCCUGGCGGUGGGGACGUGAAGAUCGAGUCCCACAAAGUGAGCUUCAGGGAAAAGGCUCAGUCCAAAGUGAGCUCCAUGGACAAUGUGAGCCAUUCACCUGGUGGAGGAAACGUUAAGGCUGAGGGGGCCCAGGAGACAACAGAGGGGAAUGGGACUCCCCUGAGUGGCACCGAGGCCCCGGCCCCAGGCUCCGAGCCAGGGCAGGCAGGGAGCCCUGCUGCCCAGGAGAAUGGGCUGAAGGAGGGGGCUCCCUGUGAUAGUGAGGGCCUCCGGGAGCCCCAGGCUCUGGACUCACGCAUCCCAGAGACAAAUUGAGUGUUUCAAGCUCAACUUCCGCGAGAAUGCUCGCUCUCGCACGGACCACGGCGCCGACAUCAUCACCUGGCCAGCCCCCCAAGACGACAACAGACCCCACCCGCACGGUUCCUCCCACUCUCUACACCAAAACCUCCGCCAGCAACACCCGACUCCUCGCAGCGUCUCGCUCAUCGAACCGUUGGCUUCUGCAGGCUGCGUCGGCUCCCCCUCUGCCCCCUCCUCGCUGCAUCUUCAGGGGGAGGUCCAGGGGGAGGACAGCAGCUCUUUAAAGGGAUCUUUACCUUUUUUGUCCCCAUUAAACCCCGCAGAGCCCCUUUUAUCUUAAAUCUGUCAUUGCAAAUUCUUUGAAUCAUCCAAUAGUUCUGCAGCUCUAGUAUCAUGUUAUCUUGCCUCUUCUCUCACAUCUGAGCUCAUCAUCAUGACGUGACGGUAUAGACUAAGCUUGGGAAUCUAUGUGGAAGGAAACGAGGGGAAGGUUUUCUCACGUAUUUGGUUGUGUCUUUUCCAAAACUGCUGACCCGGAAUCAGUGGGUUUCACUUGGAUCCUCUUUACCCCACAGCCCGGUGGUGUACUUCGACCCCGCUUCAUGUCACCUUCACAUAACCAAUAAGCAGCGAUCACUUCAUUAGUCAACUGAGCAGCGUGGAAACCCUCCUGGACUCACACAUAGCUUCUCUUUCCCUCGUGACUUUAGGGCUGUCCAUUCCCAAUAACCGCUCACCCUCUGUUUCAGUAACAUCAUAGUAAUCAGCUGUCCGUCUCAUCUGCUUCAUCACUUUCUCUCUCUUCACUAUCACUUACCAUAAACAAGCUGACAAACAAAAAAGCUAGACAACAAGUAGGCUGUUUGAACCAUUUUAGGCUGUUUAACUCUUUAUUCUCUGUUUGUGAUGAUGUGUUUGAGUGACAACAUUGUGUAAAAAUGAGCUUUGGUGUUCUUGGAUCUUAUUUCUGUCUUUCUCAAGUUUUCUCUUCUUUUCUUUCCCUCCUAGUUUCUUGAUUUAAAAACAAGGGUUUAUUUAUUUAUUGUACGUCUCUUCCUGCGUAAGCAAUACAGUGGGCGGUCUUUUUUUUUUUCCAAUAGCACUCAGAAUAUCUUGAAAACACGCACAGGUUUUUGUUAAACCAAGACACACAGUGAAAAUGUUUAGAGGGAGGAAGAAAGUGAGAAUGGAUAUGAUGCAAGAAGGGUGACAGAGCAAGCGUUGCAUUUAUAGCAAAAUACUUGUCGAAAGGUGAAAGUUUUUGAAAAGCAAUAGUGGAAGUUCGCUUAAGUAGAGAAGCUUUAAGUGUGCAUGCGAUCCAGAGGGAGACAAGGAAGAUGCCUAAACGUCUCUGAAGUCAAAGGAGCUGUGUGUCUCGUAUGUGCCUCCUGUCCUUCUUACCUGAAAACUGCAGUGAACGAGGGUGACGCAGGCUCACGCCUAAAACUGCUCAGACAAAUGGGAUAUCGUAGCUGACGAAUCGGACGUAAAACGUUAGGGGCAACCUGGUUUCACUAUUGUAAGGAAAUUCUGUAAAUCAAGCUGUCCUGGUAGUUGUGUGUCGUCAUGGUUGUUGUCCCAUUUCAGGUGUUUCUAUGAGGGUAAUGGUAGCAUGUUGUUUGGCAGUAGCUGAAUACGAAAACAUCUCUCCUACGUGUUCGGCACUUUUGUCUUUGGAGUGUUGGCAGUGGAACAUGAUGUGGCUUUAUACUCUUCUCUUGUAGCAAUGUAUUAAACUGUUGCCUCCAAUUGCCUUUAUAAUGCAUGGCCACAUUAUACGACAUCACACCCAGAGCUGAAAGCCAUCGUGCAUUAUGACUCAAAGUGUUGUGGUUUGGUACCAUAUGUAUAUCUCGGGGGCAAUCCAAGACAGUUGAUGUGUUGUUACUCAAAUUAUGGACAGGAAGAGCUGGUGUCUGAUGGCUGUUGUUUCACCUCUUAAUUGCAUUAUUAAUUCUACUGUGUGAGGACUCCCGUCAUCUUGGAUUUCUGCAGCCAAAAGUGACUAUAAUUGGACGAGAGGGUGGAGAUAACCCUAAUGCUAGCUGCUAGCUUGGUUAGCACGGUGCGCUUACAGCCAUGGUUAUUUGUGAUAAUGCUAAUUUUUAGCUAGCAAAAAACAGUCUUAAAACCAUUAAAACAAAAUUCACUUACUGGAAAACUGAUUAUCCGAUUCCUUAGACCUUUUUUUUAGUGCAACCAAAUGCCGAACAAGACUUGUUUGAGUGAUCAAAAUGUUGCAGUUGAUUUUCACAAACUGAAAACACAAUGAGGCUACGUCUAUAGACCCUUUUAGGCUCGAUGUCACAAUAACAUCAGUUUGUUAGCUGGAGGCAAAGCACAACUCUCCACCACAGGGCUGUAGGCUACAUAGGAGUCUUAAAAUGUGAUCUAGAAGGGGUCAUGGCUCAAAACCAGCCGCCACUGCCCGUCAACAAAAACAAAGAUGGUUAAAUGUGAUAAGACCAAAGGACUGGACGGAGGCCAUCAUCAAAAAUGCUCACAUGUGCAGCGCACACUUCAUAUCAGGUUAGGGAAAAAGUAUUUCCUGUUGUAGGGAUGAAUAAGGUUAUGUGUAUUAAGGGUUAUCAUGUCCACCUCAUCAGAAACUGGGGAGGGAUUAAGAGGAAGAUUGGAUUUCUCUGCAACGCUAACUUUUUAGCACAUUAGCUAACGUUAGCUUUGAUAGCAAACAAACUGGGGGAAACCGUUCAAGUGUUGUCCUCCUCCUGAGAGUGUGGUGCUCUGGAUAACCCAACGCUACAUUCAUACAACGCUCCGAAUUUACGAACAGUCCAGUUUGUGCCAGAGUGCGCUUCGACACAAGGAAUGAGUAUUUCUGAACGAACCACUCACAUCAUCUUCCUCCAUUGUCUAAAACAAGCCAAUAGGCCUCGCUAGCUAGCACUAGCUAAUGUCUGUGGAGAAUUGUUUUGCCUCCAGCUAAGCCCCGCCCACCAUAAACAGCAUACAGUUUCCGAACAGUAAAAGGAUCUAUAACAGAGUUCCCGUGGUCAUGAAAUUCCCGUAAACGAGCUAAUGAAGCUAGCAAGCGUUAGCAGUUACAAAUGGCUGUGUUGCUAUAUAGGCCGACCCAUUUUACUCUACUUUAAUAAAGUAAUGGAAGAGCUAUGGAAAACUUAUUAAAAUGUAUUGUUAAAAAUGUGCAGGAACCCUGCAAUAAAGUUUGACAGUUCAAUAACCAGCGCUAGUUGUAAGACAUAUCUAGUAAAACAGGAUAAAAUGACUUCCAGUUUUCGUUGGGUUUGUCUCCAUUGGCGUAACGAUAAGCUAACAUAACAAGAUAACAGCAGAUUCAUUGGCACAGAUUAGUUUCUUUAAAUUCAUUUCUAAGACCAAAGCUCCAUCGACUGCCCCCUAGAGAGAAAACAUGAAACUACAAAAACACUCCUUAGUUUUUCUAUUUACUUUAAUGAUUCGUGAAGAAGCUUUGACAGAACUAAAUUGCACCUUAAUGCUUUAAUAUAUCCAAAAGGGAUUUAAGAGGAUUUAAUUAUAAGCUAAAGUACCCUUCUUUGAACAAGUGCUCCUAAAUGGCUUAAUCAGAAAUGAGAUUUUGUGUGAUGACAUGAGACAGAGCAAUAAACUGAACUACCGUGCCCUCUUUUUACUCUUCAAUUCAGAUUGAGUCAUUAUUUUGUUUCAUAUUGGAAUCCCUUAAAAUUGUAUUCAAGAAAAGAAAGCCUUAAUGAAAGAUCAAGAUUUUUUUGGACAAAAUAGGCAAUAACUUUUGACUAAUGUCUUCUGAAGUGGGACUGUUUCACGUGCAGAUGCUGGAGUACUUUCCCGCAGGUUGAGGACUGAGAGCAGCUGUCAUCAAAUAGUCGAUUUGCUUUGUUUGUGCCACGGCUGUCGCGUAGCUAAAUUUUUUCCUUGUGCCUGUCCACGACCAUCUUUUAGCUUACCACUAAUUUGAGAUUGCACACGGAUGUAUAUAGAUAUUUUAUUGUCGAUGCACUCUUCAUGGCCCCAACAAGAACAAAAAAGACAGUAACAGCAUCCGUGGUGGGGACAGAGGGGCUGGUAUCAAGGUCUGAUAAGAUCAGCUUUUAUGUCCAUGUACCUUUUAAUGGCUCUGAGGGGGAGGAAGUAUUUUAUCAUGACUAUUAUGACUAUUAUUAUUCUGAUUAUUAGUAUGAGAAAUUGAAAAAGUCUGCCUUUUUCAUUAGAAAGAGGCUACUGAAGUGAAAGAAUGUCUUUUGAGAUAUAUUGUACUAAAGACGCAACACUUUUGUAUAUGUAUUUAUCGUUGUGUUCCUGUAGCCUCGUGGUGGUUGUGCUCUCAUGGUUGAAGGGAUUAGACUUUUAAAUUGUGACAGCCAGUUUCACAAAAUGUGGAUGUGCACUAAAGAUUCGAACCUUUAAAAUCUGAUUUUAUUUAAGGCACUGUAACAGCAGCUGGAUUUAAAUGUUAAACUGGCAGCAUAGAGUUAAAUUUAAGACAUUUUUAAACUAAAUUUGUAGUGCACACUAUUAAAUCAUGCCCGUAAGCCCAGUCUUAAAAGAUAAUAAAGUUUUGACUAGCUGGUUAACUUUUCAUUCAGGACACAGUGACCUCUGCAGGUUCAAAAGAUAAAAGAACCAAGCAGACAGAAGCUAACGCACCUGAAACACAUGACACUGUACAUCACAGUGGGCAAAGGGAACUUUUUAUUCAAGCAGGCACUAAGUGAGGCCAACGUGUAGGCCUGUAAUUUUGGGAGUAGUGCAUAUCAGACAUGUUGGCUGCUACAUAUAUAGCACUCAAACAGCAGCAACCUGCCCUGGAGAGUCACACGCACCGAGACCCUAACACAUCCUUGUCUAAGGUGAACUAACCGUAGUUGUCAGGUUUGGCUUGUGUAAUAAACGCUCCUCAGUAAUCUAUCCAGGGAGCGUUGUAGAGCUUCAUCUACCACCACUGCACUCAUGCAAGAGUAACACUAGCUAAUAAACGCCUACUGUACCUGCAGAGCAUGCUGAAAAACAACAAUGGGAUGUGUUAGGUAGACUUACUAUGUCAUUUGCAGAACCUCCUCAUUGUUUUUUGUGUUGUUGUUUUUCUUUCUUUUUUUUUUUUUCAUUAAUUUGAAUUUUAUUUUUUGGUUUGGAAAAAAAAGUGUUUAUUGUGAUUACUUGUUAAUUAGUGAUGUGAUUAUUGAACAUGAAAUAAAAUGGACUAAAACUCUCA